ACAUUUAUACCAUUGGAUAUUUAUUGUUAUGGGCUAUCAUCUUAGAUAUGUGUGCAAAUGCUAAUGAAGACUUGCUACAUAUAGAUAACGUCUUUACUAAUUUAUUAAAUAACAUAUCCCGACUUUUGCCAAUGGAGUUACUUCGAGAUAAUAUAAACAAGGAUGUUAAAUCAGUGGAAUUAUUUUCUACUGAACCAUCUCUAAAUUUUAGCGAAUGUUGGACAGAAUGGAGGUUAGACCAUAUUGUAUGUUGGAUGUACACAAAAAGUUUGAGGUAUUUACCAAUGUUGGUAAGACAAUGGUGGAGCACUGCUGGCAGUAAGGUCAGUGUUGCCAUAGAUAAGAUCACAACUCAUUACAUCAGCCCUAUGCUUCGUCGAGAGGAACUUCUUAAGAAUAAAUUACACGACAUUGAAAAUAUACAAGUGAAAGUACAUCCAGCAUUCCGUGAAGUGAUAGCCUCGUAUCAAAUAGGUGAUACAAAAUUGGAACUUAAUAUUAUGUUGUCACCCAAUCAUCUAUUAGAACCAACUACUGUUGAGUGUGAACAAUACGCAGGUGGAGCAAAUUUGAGGAAUUGUCACAUUCAGUUGUCUGUAUUUCCGGCACACCAAAAUAAAUCAAUAUAUAGUGGACUUGUAUCACGGAAAAGGAGUUUGGAUAAAAAAAUUCGUUGGUGUAUAGGAAUGUUGCAUAUGUCGUAGUAUUUUCCUCACAUA